CCUCGAUGUUGACCCUCCGCAGUGCGCCACCACCGCGGUGCAAAGCGCACCAUUCUGGUUUCGGGGCAAUCCCGGGGCAAGGUGAUCGAGGACGCUAUAAGCUACGAGCGUUUUGGCGACUUCCACAUUUCUUACUACCACUUAGCCUCCAAGAUCGUCGGCACGGCGCGCCACCAAUGUAGGGUGGAAUUUUCGGCCCUUGUUUGACGGUGACAGUGGGCUACUCUCGAGAAAUUUGGUGCUAGGGUCAUCGGACGUCACCGUAUGGUUAAAGCACCACUCCAGAACAGUGAUAAUAGAAAAAAUAUCCCCGGCAGCCCUAAAUUCCGCGGAGCUGGAAAAUUCUGCUAUUCGGUUAUAGGGCAUUCGUUAGUGAGAAUCCUGUUGUAUUUAUUUAUUUAUUUAUAUAUUUACUUAUUUAUAUUUCGAACACAUAUACAACGAAGCCGGCUAAAGCCAAUUAUUCUCUACAUCGAAAAUGCGAAACUUGCGGACUUUUAGUCACGCAAUUCUCGAGCUCUCAUAACGAACAUUGGCAUUAUUGCAUAUAUAGAAAUGGUGGCAUGCGCGGCCAGCGUCAUAACGCCGCUUGCGUGCCACGAACGCAUAGCUUAGAGAUAAGCAAUCUUUAUUGGUUUGCGUGUGGCCUUUCUUUAGCCCUUUAUGCGCCCGUACUAUGCCGAAUUCCAGCCAAGUGGACCGGAGCGGGUCUACACAACCUCGCGCGUCAAGAACUCCGUUCUUAUGUCCGUGUCACACGGUCACGCGAGAACUCGCUCUUACUAAUGGAGCGAUAAGCUUCCUAAAGGAGUUUGACCUUACGGAAAUCGUGGUAGUACACGGCUAUACUACCGGGUUAAAUAUCGUCAGGGGUGCAUUAGGGGCUCUUCGGUUCACGCGCACAAAUUUUUCAGCCCUAAUUAGUCGUGAUGCUAAUUUACCGAAACUUGUUUGAAUGAAAACAUUCUAUAACAAUCUUGUGCGAGAAAGUGCGCAUCUAUGUCAACUGCUGGAAUUAGCAGAGAUUAUGCGUGUUCGCGGAUUCUUAUUGCCUUCUGAAUGUCAAAUAUGUAUAGAUUGCCUUGAAAUUUAGGGCAGUCAAGGCAGAUAAUGCGUAAUAGAAGAAGCCACAAGAACCCUUGAUGCCACAAGUUCGGAGGUAAGAAAAAUCCGUAUUCAUCACUCGCAUGGUUGCUGAAUGAUCGCAGCACCGCAGUUCCGUCUGUUAAUUAUUGCAAGCAACUAUAUGGGCGAAAUAUAUUGGCGUGUUCGUACGCCUGCAUCAAGAAGCAUCGACUGCUGGAGCUCCAACUUUUGUCGAGUCUUACGACAUUCUCGAUUUUAUCAGAGCAAACAACAGGAACUAAAGAAGUUUGUGUUGUUCAACCGACUACAACCAUUUCAAGCAGAUUUUUCUAAACAUCUAUUCCAGCAAUUACUUUACAACAACAACUGAACAUCCAUAACUCUUUGAAUAUAUAGCAAAUAAAGCAUGAGUGUAAAUAAUCUCUGCAAUUUACUACACUUGGAAUAUUUUUAGUCACAGCUCUUUCAAGAAUAGUUCUGCAGCUGAAGAUAGGGAGGUAAGAACGGUCGCUGAUCGCGAAACCCUUAGCUCUUACUAUUGCCUCGUUCAUAUGCCAGACUAGAGACCGCUGGCGUGCCUUCGAAAGGAAUCCGUCUCUCCGUGCCUGGUGACCCCGAUGCCUUCAGAACGCCGAAUGAACGCCUCCUUAUCGUCCCGGCGCUUCGUUGCGACUUCCUCUCACAAUCACACUCUCCCUUUCGUUCGAGCACCUGUUUGGAGACGACGCGUACACUACAGCGGGACGACAGCCGGGCAAUAUCGAUCAAGCGUCGGCAGCCCCCAGUACCGCCAUGUUGUCCGCGACCACGGCUUCGGCUGCGUCUGCGAUUGUCCUUGUUUUGGCUUUGUGGGGUGGCACAGACGCGAGGUUCAACGUGUUGUUAUUCCCCAGGCGGAGGCCACCAAUGUGCCUUCCGGAUCCACUGUCAUCCCGGCUUGGAGACCGGGCGUCCUGUCCGUUCAGGCGGAGUGUGAACGUGCAGGCAGGCCGGAUUCCGGCCGACGUGCCGACGGUGCGAUGCAACUGUCCCGGCAGUCGAUGCAGUCAGCUCGGCGAUUUUCGCUGCCAAGAGAUACGGGAGAUUCUCCAGGUGGCUUACGCUGAGGGCGCCGGACAAGUGUUGUUCAGGAACGAGACGUUUACUGUGGCUUGCGCUUGCGUCACCAGCAGGACGGGUCAAGGAGCGUCGGACCGCCUUACACGAGUCGCCGACGAGGUGGUCUACGGCGGCAAGGUUCGGGGCCUGUGGCAAAAGUACGCUGUGAGACCGUACAGCAAGCUGCGAGGUUUCCUGGACACCCAGACGGCGGUUACGCAGCUGGCUGCUAUUCCCCAGUAGCAAUCAGGACGUUCGUUCGCACCUCGGACGGAGAUUGUACCCCUCCAAAGUUGUCUGUGGUGCCCCCCCCCCGCCUUCUUGUUCGGUGGAAUGUUUAGACGCGUGAAUAUUUAUUAAACUUAUCGUGUUUCAGCCUAUGACUUGUUUAGUUUGUGACGCGCCUCGCAGUUUGGGUCAGUGGCCAUGACGCACUGCUACCGAGUAGAAGCCCGUCGGUUCUAUUUCCGAGUGCAUUUAGAUAGAGGCGAAAUGAAAAAGAAACAAGAAAGAAACGGGGUAAAAUACACACACGUCGGUGUGCCGUGCUUUGCGUGCCCUUUAAUAGAAGCCUAGGCAUACGAAAUACUCCGGAGCGCUCCACUACGACGUCUGCCGUGGGCGUUAAACCACACAGUUUAAUUUGAGCGACAUGUUUUGCCAGUAGUUCAAGUAAUGUUUAAAAACUGUGCAUUAGUGGUCACACACAUUAUCACACAUUAUCGAUGCCGCCAGACGUCAGAGGAUUACGCACUAAUCAGAGUUUAUCUGAGUACUGAUACAGAAAUUGGUUACUAACGUUCUAAUGAUUCGUUCAGGGAACACACUACAAUUACCAAAUUGAAACCAACAAUCAGCUUAAUACGCACCCGCCGAGUAGAGGUCCAGAUACUCGAAGAAAUUUUAAAAAACCCGUCCUCAAGAUUGUGCAUAAGUGCAUCCGUGUUUCUCUUAUUUUCUCGGAAGGACUUCCUUACUUGCUGGCCGUGAAAGCUAUGUGUGGAACACCGGUGAAUUGCAUAACAGGAUUUAGAGUCAAACAUCUCGAAAAGUACUAGCAUGUUCAGCAUUCAUCCUAAGAUGAAUUCUCAAUGUGCCAUAACGAUCCGGCUUCAAUUUAGCCAUCGUACCUCUUCUUUGCACGAUAAACUCAGGUCCCAGAAGGUAGAACCCCGCUUGGAGAUCGGUAAAGUCACCAGAGCCUUGGCUGUGUACAGAAUGCGCGGGGACUUCGGGAGGCAGCGGGUGCUCAGAUUGUCACUCGAAACCUGAAGUAAAUGUGGCCGAGGUUGAGCCGAUUCGCUGUGAAGCGAAGCUCAAGGCAGGCCCUACUGAAAAUUUCAUAUGCCCCGUAUCGGAUACAGAAGAAAGCCUCUUUUUUUUUGUUCGAACAUGUCGUGUGGGGCUGCGCCUCUGCCGGUCCCCCUUUCACCCAAAAGGAAAUGAUGAAGCUAAUUAGGGCCCAGGAUCAGACCUCUCAAAUCCUGGCAGUCCAGAGGGCUCGCGAGAGGGCCGUCAGGUUUCGCCUGAUGGUGCCCGAGUGGGCUUAGCCAGGUGACGUUGAGUUUGCUUACGUCUAUAGUGGACCAAAUAAAGUUGUUUCACUCACUCACUCUUAUGAUUUAUACGUAUGCGGCAAAAUACAAGAGCCCUCAGCCUUUGCCGUGAGUGCCUCUAGACGACCAGGGCAAG